CCGGCCGAGGAGGGCGGUCCGCCACUGGACGGACGACGAGGUGCGGGCGCUGCUCUGCGUCUGGGCCGACCGGCGCGUCCGAGAGCGCCUCAAGUGCACGCUGCGCAACAAGUCCAUCUUCCAGGAGAUGGCGCGGCGGAUGCAGCGGAGCUUCGGGGUCGUGCGCAACUGGAAGCAGUGCCGCACCAAAUACAAGAACCUCAAGUACGACUACAAGACCGCCAAGGGCGGCCACGCCGCGGGGGGCGGCGCCCCGGGGAAGUACAUGAAGUUCUUCGACGAGGUGGAGGCCAUCCUGCUGGACCGGGGGCUGGGCGACGGCACCGCGGAGAUGCAGAGGAGGCUGUACGAGGGAGGGGGCGGGGCCGGCGAGGAGAGCGAGGUCGUCAUCGAGAUCGAAGACGACGACCACAGCGACGGUGACGAUAUGGACCAGGACCUGGAGGCCAAAUGGGGCGGAGCAGAUGCCCCCCUGACGCCGUGUGACCCGUCCGGCUCGGAGCAGUUCCACGUGGUCACGGUGGCGGACACGGGCCGCAACUGGAGCGACCAGGAGGUCCGGGCGCUGAUCCGCGUCUGGUCCGACCAGCGCGUGUGCCGGCAGCUGGAGAGCUCCACCAGGAAGAGGGACAUCUUCGUCCAGAUCUCCAACCGGCUGAUGCAGCAGGGCGUCGAGCGCGACUGGAAGCAGUGCCACACCAAGUACAAGAACCUCAAGUACCUCUACCGCUCGCUCCAGAGGGGGAGGAGCGACGAGGCCGACCCGAGGCGCCUCAUGCGGUUCUACGACGAGGUGGACGCCAUCAUGAACCGGCCCGCCGACGGCUCGCCGUGCCGCGGCGGCGAGGAGAGCGAACGCGACACACAGACCAACGGGGCGCGCGAGAUGGAGAGGGCGACGCACGACCCGACAGACACGGACUCCGCCUCCUCAGUGAGCCUCGGCGUUGCCCCGGUACCGGAGCUCCGCUCGGACCGGAUCACGUCCAGCUCUUCUGAAACACGAGUGAAGAGAGAAGAACUCCCCCCCGCCAGCAGAAGGAAGAGGAAAGCGGCGGAUGAAGACCUCCCACUCCAGACCCCCCCAAAGAAAGUGGACUGUGAGACGGCGGAGUGCAAAGAGGAGCCGGAUCACAUCCCCAUCAUCAAGAUCGACUCCGUGCGCUCGAUGCCGUCGCCGGCUCCGCCCCCAGACAGAGAGGAGGUCCGCGCGCGGCACAACUCCACCAUGACGUCCGCUGCAGAGCUGAAACUCGGCGAGAAGCUGAACGAGGGGAAGACGAAGCAGAUCUUCUUGCUGGAGGACCAGCCCGGGCUGGUCCUGGUCCAGUCCAAGGACCAGAUCACGGCGGGUAACGCCGUGAGGAAGGACCAGAUGGAGGGCAAGGCGGCCAUCGCCAACGGGACCGCGAGCUGCGUGUUCCGCCUGCUGCAGGACUCCGGCAUCAAGACGGCCUUCGUGAAGCGGCACUCGGACACGGCCUUCAUCGCCACCCACUGCGAGAUGAUUCCCAUCGAGUGGGUCUGCCGCAGAGGGGGGAGGGGGUCCUUCCUCAAGAGAAAUCCGGGGGUCAAGAAAGGCUCCCGUUUCUCCCCCCGAAAGCGGGAAAGUUUUUUAAAGGACGACGCCAACAACGACCCCCAGUGGUCCGAGGAGCAGCUGCUGGAGGCCAAGUUCUCCCCGGCCGGGCUCGCCAUCGGCCAGUGCGAGGUGGACGUGAUGAGCCGCAGCACCGUGGCCAUCUUUGAGAUCCUGGAGAAGUCCUGGGCCACUCAGGACUGCACGCUGGUGGACAUGAAGAUCGAGUUUGGGGUGAACGUGAAGACCCAGGAGAUCGUCCUCGCCGACGUGAUCGACAACGAUUCGUGGCGUCUGUGGCCGGCCGGCGACCGGAGUCAGCAGAAAGAUAAGCAGGUGUACCGCGACCUGAAAGAAGUGACCCCCGAGGCCAUGCAGAUGGUGAAGAGGAACUUUGAGUGGGUCUCUGAGAGGGUCAAGCUGCUGCUGGAGCCGCGGGCCGGCGGCAGGGUGGUGGUUCUGAUGGGCUCCACCUCGGACCUGGCUCACUGUGAGAAGAUCAGGAAGGCCUGCACCUCCUACGGGGUCCGCUGCAUCCUGAGGGUCACCUCGGCACACAAGGGUCCCGACGAGACGCUGCGCAUCAAAGCCGAAUAUGAAGGCGACGGCGUGCCCACCGUGUUUGUGGCGGUGGCCGGCAGAAGCAACGGGCUCGGCCCGGUGAUGUCCGGGAACACGGCGUAUCCCGUCAUCAACUGCCCGCCCCUCACUCCGGACUGGGGGGCGCAGGACGUCUGGUCCUCCCUGCGCAUGCCGAGUGGUCUGGGCUGCUCCACCGUCCUCUCCCCCGAUGCCGCCGCCCAGUUCGCGGCUCAGAUCUUCGGGCUCACCGACCACCUGGUGUGGUGCAGGCUGAGGGCCUCCAUGCUCAACACCUGGGUGGCCCUGAAGCUGGCCGACCAGAAGCUGCAGGCCUGCAGCCUCUGAGGCGGCCCUCGCUCGGGGCUCCGCCCCCUUUCUGUCUCGCCUUUCUGCCACAGAAAUCCUUCCAUUAGAACUAGUUCAGUGCUUCUGUGGUCGGUUUUGUCCCAUUGAACUUUUUUCCCGGCAGAUAUUUGACAUGUCGCAGCAGGAAAACGUACCAAUCUGUGACUCGCCGUCGGGCUUAAUGGGAAACUAAAUCUGAUGUCUAUGUCUGCUCACUAACUUUUGCAAAUAAAUCCAUUUCUAAAGCAAUAAACCUUUUGGUAUAUUCACUUA